GGUAGGCCAGGUCAAUGUUUACCUGAUUGACACCCUGGUUGCAGAUUUUCUUGUGAACAAAAGUACCGUUUGUUCCUUCUUGCUGUCUUAUCAGAGAGGAGGGAACAGCUGAGCGUGUAGUUUAUCAGUGUGUGCUGUAACAAGUAGUGGCUUUUCUAACCAGCUGUAGCGAUCCGACGAGGUUGAUAGAGUAGUUACAAUCUCUCUAGCUUAACAAUAAUACAAUCUGCACGAGUGACUAGCUUAGAGAUUUCUCGAAUUCAAAAUUAAUAACAUUUAGUGACUUAAAGCUUCGUGUUUUUGGCAACAGCCAAACUAGUCAUAAAUUUGUGUUCUCAGUCGAUGUAUAAAUCUUGGUUAGGGAUGCAGCGUGAAGGAAGUGCUGGGGAGGAGAUGGCCAAACAGCUGGCGCGCGCUGACGCAAUCGACACCUCCGAUUUGAGGUUGCAGCAUGCAGCGACGAUCGCGUUGAUCAAGAAGUCGAUAAGUUAUGAGGAUUCGGAGCGACACGUCUUCGUGGUUUUUGGAGCUUCCGGAGACUUGGCAAAGAAGAAGAUCUAUCCUACUCUAUGGGAGAUUUUCAAAGAUGAACUCAUCCCAGAGAACACCAUCUUCAUUGGUUACGCCCGAUCCAAAAUCACGGUGGAGGAAAUCAGGAAGAGAUCUUCACCAUUUAUCAAGGUAACUGAUGAACAAAAGGGACUCUUUAACAGUUUCUGGACCAGGAAUCUUUACGUCCAAGGAGCCUACGACACGUCUGAGGGAUUCAUCAAGUUGAAUAAGGAAAUCGAGGGCAUUGGGAAGUGUAAUCGGCUGUUCUAUCUUGCCCUGCCACCCAGUGUUUUCAUUCAGGUGUCAAAGAACAUCAAGGAUCACUGCAUGUCUGCACCCCCCCACUGGAGCAGGUUGAUUGUGGAGAAGCCAUUUGGACGCGACUCACAGAGUUCUGCCGAGCUUUCCAACCACCUGUCGUCGUUAUUCAAAGAGGAACAGCUGUAUCGUAUAGACCAUUACCUCGGCAAGGAGAUGACUCAGAAUAUACUCACUCUCAGAUUUGCCAACCGUCUGUUUGGACCAGUUUGGAACAGGGACAACAUCUCGUCCGUCAUGAUAUCAUUCAAGGAACCCUUUGGGACGCAGGGCCGAGGGGGAUACUUCGAUGAGUUUGGUAUCAUUCGUGACGUCAUGCAGAAUCACCUCCUCCAGCUGCUCUGUCUGACCGCCAUGGAGAAACCGUGCAGUCUCCAGGCUGAGGAUAUUCGCGAUGAAAAGGUUAAAGUUCUCAAAUGCAUGCCCGAGUUGAAGAUGGAAAAUCUUGUGAUUGGUCAGUACACAGGGAAUCCAGCAGGUCCGUCCGAGGACUCUAGACUUGGCUACCUCGAUGAUCCAACCGUCCCUAAGGGCUCGACGACCGGCACGUACGCCUGCGGUGCUCUGUAUGUCAACAACGAGCGAUGGGAUGGCGUGCCGUUCAUUCUCAGGUGUGGGAAAGCUCUGAAUGAAAGAAAGGCUGAGGUGCGCAUCCAGUUCCGCGAUGUGCCUGGCGACAUCUUUGCUAACGGAGAAUGCCAGCGGAAUGAGCUCGUGAUGCGGGUCCAGCCUGGCGAGGCAGUCUACGUCAAGAUGAUGAUCAAACGUCCGGGAAUGUCUUUCAAUGCAGAGGAGACUGAACUUGAUUUGACAUAUGGCAGCAGAUAUCAGAAUGUGCGAAUGCCUGAAGCCUAUGAGCGUCUCAUCCUUGAUGUGUUCUGCGGAAGCCAGGCAUCGUUCGUACGCAGUGACGAGCUCCGUGAAGCGUGGAGAAUAUUCACACCGAUCCUCCACAAGAUCGAGAAUGAGAAAGUCAAACCGUCGACAUAUGUUUAUGGCAGCCGAGGACCGCAAGAGGCAGACGACCUCAUGGCAAAGAACGGAUUCAAAUACACCGGGACUUACACAUGGCAUAAAGAUGAGAGACGCAAGGUGGCACUGGAUGAGACGGAACCUGUGGCCAAUGUCAACAAAUUGUGAUAGACACUGACUAGAAUAAAAAAUAAAUGGUAUUUUAAUCACCUUAAUUGGCAUGACCCUAGUUUGUUGCAGAAACAUCAGUUUCAGAUGAGAAUUACUGUAGCUGAAUAUAUGCUUAUUCCAGCGUCCCCUUUAAAUUUAAUUUAGGGCUUACUAUGUUUUUUUAAUCGGUUUUAAAGUCAGAGACAUGCCAGUUCAUGAGUUGUCAGGAUGCCGACCUCAGAAAGUCAGUCAGAUAGGUGAGUGCCGAGGAUAGUUGAAUCAGGUCUUUUACAUUUGAAUGUCGGAUAUAUAUUGGUUAGGGAAACUAUAUGAGUGUUUUGUAUCCGCAUCUAUCUUAUAACUAUAGUUGCAUAUUUAUGUAUGGGAUCAUGAAAUAGUUCCCCCUCAACAUAGCGAUGUACAUUACUGGAAAUUUUCAAGAAUUUGCUUAUAUCUCUUACCAAGGAAACGACACCAUAUUGAAAAAUAGCAGCGUGUCUGCAUGCACGGGCGGGUGGUAUACACUUUAGCAAUGUGUAACAAGUGCAACGCGAGCUUUGUACUCUGACAGUGGCUCCUCCGUCUACCCAAAUCUGAUAAUGGGGGGGGGGCACUAUUUGAAGAGUACAUGUAGUUAUAGUUCUCCCGCCAAGAAAUUUGGCAACAUAAGAAAGAAGAAGGCUGUACUUCAACUUGGUGGUCACAAAUCUUUCUGAAAUGAAACUGUUUUAUGAUGUAUGUGCUAAUUAAACUAUUCCUGCUUGAGGCUGCACUGAGAACCUAUAUGACUUCUGUUGUGAAUUAAAUCUGCCAAAUACUGACUAUGCAUAACCCUACAGUAUUCUUCCUAGAGAUCAUCCUAUUGUUUCACUCCUGCGGCAUAUUUUAUAUCAUUGCGUACUUAUUCAUUUAUCAACUUUCUACGGAAACGAUUGCUCAGACAUCAAAUUUGUGACAAGUUUGGCAAGUAUUACAAUAAAGAAGCACUGUGAGUAUUUGAAGUUAAACUCAAGUGUUCUAGUUUUAUGCGAGUUAUGGACUUUAGUGAGAGGUCGACUUCAUCAUGUUUGUUCUUUAGACUUUCUUGGCCAAACUUAUUAUAAAAUGGAAUUUUAUCUUUGUUUGUUAUAAGCGAUUUGUUCUUGAACUGUUUUUUGUAUAAGAUUACAAUCGUCUCUGUAAGAUAUUUCACAUCUAGAUGAAACGCAAGACUUUUUAUGAGUUGGUGCUCUGUGCUUACAAAGCUUAUGCCCCGAAUGGACCUAUUAGCUUCCAACUGUUCUCUUGUGUUACAGCAGCCACACCAUCAGGGAUAAAUACAGUGGAACCUCCCUUAGCGGACACCUCUCUAUUAAGGACAACCUCUCAAUUAAGGACACAAGGUUUGGUCCCAAAUUGGCUGUUUCCAUUCCAUUUGACCUCUCUAAUCAGGACACCUCUGCUUAAGGACAGCACUUGUCAGUCCCGAGGGUGUCCUUAAUAGAGGGGUUCUACUGUAUGUACAAACUUUCUCUAAAAACCUUCCUUAUAUGGUCAAGAGAAUGGAUGUGGCAGGGUAAAAGAGGCCUGUCCACCAAAUCGGGUAGUAAGUCACCUGUCCCAGUAUUUUGCAAUUGCUGGCAGGAUGAAUUAUGUAAAUUUUGGUCCACAUUCAGAUUAAGGUGUUGGGUUGUUUGGGUAUUCUGUCAGAAAAAUGCUAAAAAAAACUUAUUUACUCCUAAGCCCUAGCUUACAGGAGACCUGCUAUUACUGCUUGGAUAUGGCAUGUCAUUUUCAAAAAAAGCCGGGCCGCCAACAGAAUGUAUUGGGAAAAAAACCGGUCCUAAGAGGGUUAAGCUUUUGAACAUGUGGAUAUUACUGGAUAUACUGUGAUUUACUACCCACUUUGGUGUGAUGGUCACUUAUGGGUUCAUUAUUAUGAUAUGGAAAUAUGUACAUUAUUUCAAUUCACUUGUCUAGAGAUUUUAGAGCAUCUUCAUAUCUACAUGUAUGUUGCUUUUUGAGAAAAGCUAAAUUGUUAUUAUGGUAAAUAAAAGGCACUGAUAAUAUAA